GAAGAAAUUGUGCUCCCACGAAGGAAAACCUGGGAUAAGCUAGCAGUUCUUCAAACACUGGCUUCUACUGUGAAGAGGGACCCUACUGCUGCUCAUUAUAUGUUCCAGGAUGACCCUUACCUUAUGCCAAGAAAUGCAGCCAGUUCACGCCUAUUUGCAUUGUCAAAGGAGUCUGGGAGAAAUGUUGCAAAAUACAUUAUUAAACAAUUUCCUCAAUAUUUUGACAAGAUUUCUGCAGAGCCCGACAUACCAUGCUUGAUGCCUGAGGUUCUUACACCUCAGAUUGAAGGGGUGAGUGAGGAGGCUCUAAAAGAGCGUGUCCACCUCAGAAGGGUGAAGGAGUCUGUGGACCUGUUUGAUCAGCUCGUACAAGCAGGUACCCCUGUAUCUCUGGAGACCACAAACAGCCUUUUAGAUUUGUUGUGCUUCUGUGGAGAUGCAGAAUCUACUCCGGAAAAAGAUGAAGAAAUAAAAGAGGAUUUGGAGGAACCAGGGGUCAGCGUUUCAGAGCAGAAGGCUCCAAAGAGACAAUUCCAAAGAGGUUCACAGUUGUCAGGCUCUAGAUGGAGGGAGAACAACAAUGCUGAAAGGAUAUUUAAGAUAAUGCCAGAAAGGAAUGCACACUCCUAUUGCACAAUGAUCCGUGGGAUGGUGAAGCACGGGGCUUUUGCUAAAGCUUAUGACGUGUACAUAGACUUAUUGAAUGAAAGACACAAGGCUGAUGUGCACACCUUCAACGCACUGAUUACAGCAGUCCCAUAUCUAAAGGAGAGGUUCUUAGAAAGAUGGGAGUUAGCCAAGGUCUUCCUGAAUCACAUGGCUCAACAGAAAGUGCAACCGAAUCUGCUAACUUUUAAUGCUGUACUGAAGACUCUGAGAAGAUGUGGUGGUGUAGGCAGAAGUAUGUCUUUAUUGGUGAUAAAGGAAAUGGAAGCACUUGAUAUAGAGCCAAGCCUUGCAACGUAUGAUCAUCUUCUCUCUAUAUUUUAUAGAGGAGUUGAUCUUUUCCCAUCGGGCAUCCUCUCUGAGGUGCUAGAUGACGUUGAGAACAGGAGUUUCACUCCCCAGGAUCCUGAUGAUGCCAACUUUUUUACCACGGCUAUGCAAGCAUGCUGUGAUCUUAAGGACAUCAAGCUUGCCUAUCGGUUAAAUAAGGCAAUGGAGAAGGGAGACAACUGGAAAUUCUUGGAUAUGGAUCGGUUAAAUGCCUACUGGUCAAAAUUCUUUUCAUUGUUGUGCAUGAUGGAACAAAUUGAUGUUGUGUUGAAAUGGUACAAAGAAGCGUUCUCUUCGCUCUUCUAUCCAACUCCUAAAAAUAUAUUGGACCUCCUUCAAGCACUGGAUGCAGGCAACCAGUUAGAAGCGAUCCCUUCAGUCUGGGAAGAUGUGAAACAGUUGGGGUUCAGUAGGAGACCAGACCUGUUGGAAGAGCUCUUGUCUUUGAUGAGCAGGGACCAGCACCCUGAAGAG